GUUUUCCUGUUCCUCUGCGCACAUGGCGGGUGUUCAGAUGUUAGCGUUAGCCGGUUAGUGAGUGGGUUCAGAUGUUAGCGCUGAUUUCCGCAGCGCGUGUUUAAAGAACCGCAGGCAGCACCGCGGGCUCUGAGCGAGGGGAGCCGGGCUGCGGGGCUCGGUAUGGUCUGGAUCAGCAGGGCGUGCUGGAGGAAGUAUGGGAACUUUGUGGAUAACCUGCGGAUGUACGUGCGAGGGGGGAGCGGGGGCAUGGGCUUACCCCGUCUGGGGGGGCAUGGUGGAAACGGAGGAGACGUGUGGGUGGUGGCGAAGAAAGACCUCACCCUGAAGCGGAUAAAGGACAGGUAUCCCCUGAAGCGCUUUGUGGCUGGCGUGGGCUCCAACAGCAGUAUCCGUGCGCUGAAAGGUGCGAGAGGGAAUGAUGUUGAAAUCCCUGCUCCAGUUGGGAUCUCCAUAACCACAGAUAAUGGGAAGAUCCUAGGAGAGCUGAACUGUGAAGGCGACAGGAUUUUGGUGGCUAGAGGCGGCCAAGGAGGAGCUCUUCACUCUGGCUUUUUACCCAGUAAGGGCCAAUUCCGUCAGAUAUGCCUGGAUCUUCGGCUCAUCGCGGAUUUGGGUCUAGUUGGGUUUCCUAAUGCAGGAAAGUCCUCUCUUCUCACCGCCCUCUCUCACGCCACUCCGCAGAUCGCCAGCUAUCCAUUCACGACUCUGAGGCCAGAGAUUGGAAAGGUCAUGUAUGAGGACCAUAAGCAGGUGUCGGUGGCUGAUCUGCCCGGACUGAUCGAGGGAGCUCACAUGAACAGAGGCAUGGGCCACAAGUUUCUGAAGCACGUUGAGAGAACGAGGCAGCUGAUGUUUGUGGUGGAUGUGCGUGGGUUUCAGCUGGCCAGUAACACGCCGUUUAGAUCUGCGUUUGAGGCGGUGCAGCUGCUCACUAAGGAGCUGGAGUUGUAUAAAGAGGAGCUGCUGGGGAAGCCGGCGAUUCUGGUGGUGAAUAAGAUGGACCUGCCUGAGGCUGAAGAGAAGCUCCAGGAGCUGGAAACUCAGCUGGAGAAUCAGGAGGAACUGAGUCAGCUCCUGCCGGAGGAGAUGAUCCCCAGCAGUUUUGUCAGUUUUAAGCACACGGUCCCGGUCUCGGCUCAGACCGGCCUCGGACUGUCCCGCCUGAAGUCCCUCCUCCGGCAGUCUCUGGAGGAGCAGGACGCUGUGGAGACGGAGGAGCAGCGCACGGAGAAGCUGAAGGAGCUGAGGAGGGAGCUUCCUGUCGUCACUAAACCCGUCUGGGGGCAGCAUCAGUCAGCCUGGGACUCUUAAUGGGAGCGUUAAUGUGGAACUGUGUGUUUGUGUGUUUAUGGAAGCUGUUUUUGAAUGGGCCUUUAAUGUGCCUUCAGGAUAUACAAAAACAGGAAUAGCUGGAUUUUUACUAGGCCUGCACGAUAUAUUGUUUAAGCAUCAUCAUCAUCAUUAUCAAUAAUCACAUCACAGGACGUGUGAUGUCACUUAAGGCAAUUAAAUCAAACACGUCAUGUUGCAAUGGUUUGAUUCUUGACACAAGAAGUAGUAAGUAGAUACACAGCGCUGUCUCUGUGUCUGUGUGAGCGACAGGCUGCUGCUGCCUGUGAAGCGCGAGAGGGAGGAAGCAGGAGUAAACACGAGGUAACUAAAUGCGUGGCCUUCAUCCACAUGGUUGGGCACGUGCUUGUAAACGUGAGCACGUGUGGAUAGCUGUGCACCUCAGUUCAGCACAGUUUUGCAGCGCAGAUAUUUCCAGUUACAGCUGAAUUCAGGCUUUCUUUUAAUUCCAGGAAAACACUCGUAUUUACUUGUAAAAAAGCCAUUUAAAUGCCUUAUUUAAGGGCUGAUUACUGUUGUUUUGCUGUUUUCCUCGGGUUUUGAGUUGAGCUCGGCACUGACUCAGCUCUUGAUUGGUCCGGACUCGAGACAGCAUGUGGGUUGGGGUGGGGCUGGUGACGUCAUGAGCCCUGCAUUGUUUAAAAUCACGAUAUAUAUCGUCAAAAAAAGAAUGUUUGCAAUCUACAUUUUUUUCCAAUAUCAUACAGCCCUAUUUUCUUUUCUUCAGAUAUGGAUAUGUUUAUAAGUUUGGAUACAUUGAUUUCCUCUAUAUAAAAUACAUACAUUCCUCUACAGCUCUGCAUACAUGUAACUUAAUUUAUUUUGUAGGCACUACUGAGAACCAACUGUUCCAACAGGGGAGAAUUUAGUAAAUGACCAGUUCAUUAUACAUCUAUUUAAAGUUUCCUGUGUUUUAGGCUGGACUGGACAAAAUGAUGUAGAAUACAUCACAUAAUCUGCAUAAAAUUGCUUGCAGUGUGGACUAAUUGAGUUGUGUAAUUGUGAAACGUAUGAGCUUUGAAACAGCAUGACUGCCAUCUAGUGGAUAUACUAGUGCAUCUAAAAAAAUAGAAUAUCAUUGAAAAGUUACUUUAUUUCAGUAAUUCAGUUCAAAAUGUUCAAAAACUCACAUAUUAUAUAGAUCUAUUACACACACAGAGUAAUCUAUUUUAAGUGUUUAUUUCUCUUAUUGAUGAUGAUUAUGACUUACAGCCAAUGAAAACCCAAAAAACAUUGUCUCAGAAAAUAGAAUAUUAUUAAAAAAGAUCAAUUGGUA